AGCACAUCACCCCCGCUUUGACUGCUAGUGUUUGCGUUGGUUAGCUUAGCUUAGGUGCUAGUGCUGACUGCAGGAGGAUACAUGGAAUUUGCGCAUUUCAUUUCUGCCUAAAAUGAACGUUUUUCAACAUUUCAUCUGGACGUGCUGGUGAGCCCAACGCCUAGUUUUUUGUUUGAGACAUAAGAGCCAAAUCAUGACAGACUGUGGAGACGUUUGUCCUCACCUGGACUCCAUAGGUGAAGUGACCAAAGAGGAACUUCUGCAAAAAUCAAAGGGCACUUGUCAGUCAUGUGGAGUAGGUGGUCCCAACCUCUGGGCAUGUCUUCAGCAUGACUGUCCCUACGUCGGCUGCGGAGAGUCGUACUCGGACCACAGCACCACACAUGCACAGGUGAAGAAACACAAUCUGACAGUGAAUCUGACCACGUUCAGGGUGUGGUGUUAUGUGUGUGAGAGAGAGGUGUUUCUGGAACAGAGGCCUGUAAGCCCAGUGGCAGCAACUCAACGCUACAAACCUCUUGAACAGAAUUCUCCUCUCCAGAGUUCAGCUCACCCAUUAAAAGCAGUUCCGAUCGCUGUGGCAGAUGAUGAAGGUUCAGAGUCUGAGGAAGAUGAAUUUAAGCCAAGAGGCCUCACAGGAAUGAAGAACAUUGGAAAUUCAUGUUACAUGAACGCAGCAUUGCAGGCCCUCUCAAACUGUCCUCCUUUGACUCAGUUUUUCCUGGACUGCAGUGGGCUUGUGCGCACAGAUAAGAAACCUGCACUGUGCAAAAGCUAUCAGAAACUCAUCUCUGAGCUCUGGCAUAAAAAACGACCCAGUUAUGUUGUCCCCACUAGUCUGUUUCAUGGCAUCAAACUGGUGAAUCCUAUGUUUCGAGGCUAUGCCCAACAGGACACUCAGGAGUUCCUGCGCUGUCUGAUGGAUCAGCUGCAUGAGGAACUGAAGGAGCCUUUCAUGGACUGCAGCAAUUCCAUCACUGACAACGACUCGGAGAGCAACCACGACAACCAAAACCAUGGCGAUGGAGACCGUAGCCCCUCUGAGGAUGACUUCCUGUCAUGUGACUCUGGUUCGGGGAGCGAGAGAGGUGAUGGAGAUAGAGCGGGAGGUGAGACAGAGCUCCUCAUUCAGGACGAGUGCACAGGAACGAGGGAGAGCAGCGGGAUCUCUGAGAAAGAGAAGCUGAAAGAGAGACGGAGGGAGGACAGAGGAGAGGAGAGAACACCAGAGAUGGAUGAGGAUGCUGAUGUGGACACUGCAGUGCAGGAGGAGCAGAACGAAAGAGCUGGAGAGCAGAUGGGGACCAGCAGAGUUCAGGGAAGUACAGAACCAGACAAUGAGGUGUCCAUGCAUCGCCCAUCCUCUCGUCCCUGUAGCCCCACUCGCAACGUGCAGGAUUUUCAUUCAAAGCUGUCCAGCAGCCCGCCCAGGUCCAGCCCUCUACGAGCUAGCCCCGCCUAUGCCUUUAAGAAAGCUCAGAUGCUCCUGGGCACCAAGAAGAAGAAGCAGUCUCGGUUUCGUAGCAUUAUUUCUGACAUCUUUGAUGGCUCCAUUCUGAGCCUGGUCCAGUGUUUGACGUGUGACCGGGUGUCAACAACAGUCGAGACCUUUCAGGAUUUGUCUCUGCCAAUUCCGGGUAAAGAAGACCUGGCUAAACUCCACUCCUCUAUCCACCAGAGCACUCCAGCCAAGAUGGGUGUGUGCACAGACACCUAUGCUGCCCAGGGCUGGCUCUCCUACAUCAUGGAUUCGAUACGAAGGUUUGUAGUGUCCUGUAUCCCCAGCUGGUUUUGGGGUCCCAUGGUCACACUAGAGGACUGCCUCGCUGCCUUCUUUGCUGCUGAUGAACUGAAAGGGGAUAAUAUGUACAGCUGUGAACGAUGUAAAAAGUUGAGAAAUGGUGUGAAAUAUUGUAAAGUCCUUCAACUCCCAGAGAUCUUGUGCAUUCACUUGAAGCGUUUCCGACACGAGGUGAUGUACUCCUUUAAGAUCAGCAGCCAUGUGUCCUUUCCAUUGGAGGGUUUGGACCUACAGCCCUUCUUGGCCAAAGACAGCCCUUCUCAGAUUACUACUUAUGAUCUCCUUUCUGUCAUCUGUCACCACGGCACAGCCGGAAGUGGCCACUACAUAGCAUAUUGUCAGAAUGUUAUCAAUGGCCAGUGGUACGAGUUUGAUGAUCAGUAUGUAACGGAAGUCCAUGAGACGGUCGUGCAGAACGCAGAGGCCUAUGUCCUCUUUUACAGGAAGAGCAGUGAGGAAUCAGUACGAGAACGACAGAAAGUCAUAGCUCUGGCUAAUCUGAAGGAGCCUAGUCUUUUACAGUUCUACAUUUCUAGAGAAUGGCUCAACAAGUUCAACACAUUUACUGAACCAGGACCCAUCACGAAUCAUACCUUCCUGUGUCAACAUGGAGGAAUCCCUCCUACCAAAUAUCACUAUGUGGACGAUCUGGUGGUGAUUCUCCCUCAGAAUGUGUGGGAAUACCUUUAUAACAGGUUUGGAGGAGGUCCAGCUGUAAAUCACCUGUAUGUGUGCACUAUCUGCCAAGUGGAGAUUGAAGCUGUAGCGAAACGUAGGAAAACUGAGAUCGACACCUUCAUCAAGCUCAAUAAGGAGUUCCAGGCCGAGGAAGCUCCAACAGUUAUUUUGUGUAUCAGCAUGCAAUGGUUCAGAGAAUGGGAAAACUUUGUCAAGGGUAAAGACAAUGAGCCUCCAGGCCCAAUUGACAACAGCAAGAUCGCAGUGAUGAAGGGGGGGCAUGCACAGUUAAAACACGGGGCUGACUACGGGCAAAUCUCUGAGGAGACAUGGCAGUACUUGUUGGGAAUUUAUGGCGGCGGCCCCGAGAUUGCAGUCAGGCAAAACAUAAGUUCUCCUGAAUCAGACACACAUGGAGAGAGGAAGAUUGAGGCGGAAACUAGAGCACUCUGAGUGAGUGACAUCCUGAAUGUGGCUGAACAUUAUUUGCACCAUGUUUAUGCCUGCUUUCCUGUCAGCACUUUGUGAGCAUGCCUAAUGCUGUGGUCUGUUACCUCUAUACAACUUGGUUGUCUAGUAACACAGGGCUGGUAUACUAGAAGGUCUUCAUUGCAGGACAGUGUCAGGUACAGUGAGUCACUCAUUUCAUGCAGUUGAGAGGCUGAGCCCAUUCCCCCUCUUCAGAUCUCUUGCACUCACAUUUAAGCUUUAUUACUUCCAGAAUUCAGAUCACACAUCUGCACUAUUGCACAGGGUCUCUUUAUAAAAUACUAUAAAGUAAAAUGCAAAUAAAUCUAUACUCCUACAGAUGUCCAUGCACUAAAGCAAACCCAAUCCACUCAUUCUUCUUUCUCUCUCUCUCGUUCUCUCUCUCUCUGUCUCUCUCUCUCUCUCUCACUCUCUCUCAGUGUCUCUCUCUCUCUCACACAUGCUCACUGUCAAUGUGGAUUGAGCUCUUCCUCGUGUUUGUGACUGUUAAAAUGCGGCCCUGGCUGCUGCUUUUAGAGAGAUACUAUAACCUUAGACCCAAGCAUACUAAAAUACUAUCCAUACCUGACCUUUAGUCAGUCCUCCACAUUUUCCGAAUGUGUUUCUUCUGACGGCUGCUCAUGUUAACGGCGGUAUAUGUGGCUAGUAGCCUUCUUUCAGAGUCAUAGCAAACAGUUUAGCACUUAUAUCAGAACCACUUUUGACUUCCAUGUAAUGUGAUCAAAACAAUCCUGACUCAUUUAACUGUAACGCUAUCAUGUCUGACACUAUUUGACGUAAACCGCUUUUCAAGUUUGACAGUGGGACUUUAAUUUCAUUGAAAGUUAAAGGAGAACCACAACAAUUACGGCAUAGAAAGUGAGGUCAUACCGUGAUGAGCCAGUCUUUGCUGGUUCAGUAAGAGACUGCUGUUCUUUAUGCUUGGUCCGGUAGCCAUUUUUGUUAUGGUUAAAGUUUUAGACUUAACUGGAUUUGAAGGUCAUAUAUUGUGUGUCAAAUGUGAGUGAUGGGUUAUGUCUCUGUCUUUGUUAUGUAAUUUGAAAUAUCAGUGUACACUUUGUAAGAAAUGUUUUUUUUUUUUUUUUAAUUAUUAUAUAGAAAUGAAAGAGUGAGUUACAAAAAUGAGUCUGUUAUAAUUCUUUAUUUAUAUAUACAUAUAUAUAUAUAUAUAUAUAUGUUUAUUUAUGUGCCCUUUUGUUCAGCUCCUGUUGAAAUUCACCUGAAUAGACUGUUGACGGUUACAGCAACAUUUUAACUUGUGUUUUUUGUUAAAUAGUAAAUUCAGGGCUUGUGCAAUGAAGUCAAUCUGAGGAGCCUUGACAAUGAAAAGUGUUCUACUGUUAAGCUAUACUACAUAUGAUUUCACUAGGAAGGAUGGUGGCUAAAACGUACAACAUGUUGUACUUAGCUGAGUUAAUGGCAACAGGGGGCGGUGGCCUUAACAAGCCAUCCUUUGCUAUCGUAUCAUCUUAUUUCUGCUGUUGGUCCCAUCUCUAUUUCAAACAUGCAUAUUUAAAUAUUAUAUCAUGGUCAGGUCAGAUGAUUGUUUCAUUAAGCACAAUCACAGACAGCUUGAUAAUCUGAUUAGUAAAAGAAAAGUGUCCAGAAAAAAAAAAAAGAAUGUUUUGCCGAUUAUGUGAAUUGCAACUAUUUAAAAUGCCAAGCUUAGUGCUUGUGUAAUGGCUUUUCCACUCUAAGCGUGUAGAUGUCACUGACAAGUGAACUAAUAAAGCCUGUUUUUUUCCA